GGGCUCCGGAGUGACGGAAGUUCUGAUCUUGGUGGAUGGGGUUCUUCCUUCUUAAUUUGGCCGUGGCUGUGCUUUUGAUUUAAGAACACCCCGGCGACUGUUCCUCACCCCUACUUCGCCCUCACACUUUUGGGAUGUCUGCGAUUCCUGCUGAGGAGAGCGACCAGCUGCUGAUCCGACCCCUUGGAGCUGGGCAAGAAGUAGGAAGAUCAUGUAUUAUUCUCGAGUUCAAAGGAAGAAAAAUAAUGAUUGUGGGAUCCACCCUGGCCUAGAAGGAAUGGAUGCUCUUCCUUAUAUUGAUUUAAUUGACCCAGCUGAGAUUGAUCUCCUGUUAAUUAGUCAUUUCCAUUUGGAUCAUUGUGGAGCUCUGCCCUGGUUUCUACAGAAGACAAGCUUCAAAGGAAGAACGUUUAUGACUCAUGCCACAAAAGCUAUUUAUAGAUGGCUUCUUUCCGAUUAUGUCAAAGUCAGUAACAUAUCGGCAGACGACAUGCUGUAUACUGAGACAGAUUUGGAAGAAAGCAUGGACAAAAUUGAAACUAUCAACUUUCAUGAAGUUAAGGAAGUUGCAGGAAUCAAGUUUUGGUGUUAUCAUGCAGGCCACGUCCUGGGAGCCGCCAUGUUCAUGAUUGAGAUCGCAGGCGUGAAGCUUUUAUACACAGGUGAUUUCUCAAGACAAGAAGAUAGGCACUUAAUGGCAGCUGAAAUUCCUAAUAUUAAGCCUGAUAUUCUUAUCAUCGAAUCUACUUAUGGGACCCAUAUCCAUGAGAAACGUGAAGAGCGAGAAGCAAGAUUCUGUAACACUGUCCAUGAUAUCGUAAACAGAGGAGGCAGGGGUCUCAUUCCUGUCUUUGCUCUUGGAAGGGCUCAGGAGCUGCUCUUGAUUCUGGAUGAGUACUGGCAGAAUCACCCAGAACUACAUGACAUUCCAAUAUACUAUGCAUCAUCUUUGGCCAAGAAGUGUAUGGCAGUAUACCAGACAUACGUGAAUGCCAUGAAUGACAAAAUCCGCAAACAGAUCAACAUCAAUAAUCCCUUUGUUUUCAAACACAUCAGUAACCUCAAGAGCAUGGAUCAUUUUGAUGACAUUGGUCCCAGUGUUGUAAUGGCCUCCCCAGGCAUGAUGCAAAGUGGCUUAUCCAGAGAGUUAUUUGAAAGCUGGUGCACUGAUAAGAGGAACGGCGUCAUUAUAGCAGGAUACUGUGUAGAAGGGACACUUGCCAAGCACAUCAUGUCCGAACCUGAAGAAAUCACUACCAUGUCUGGACAGAAGUUGCCGCUGAAAAUGUCUGUGGAUUACAUCUCCUUCUCCGCGCACACAGAUUACCAGCAAACCAGCGAAUUCAUUCGUGCUUUGAAACCGCCUCAUGUGAUUUUAGUCCAUGGAGAACAGAACGAAAUGGCCAGGUUGAAAGCAGCACUGAUUCGAGAAUAUGAAGAUAAUGAUGAAGUUCACAUAGAGGUUCACAAUCCUCGGAAUACAGAAGCAGUGACCUUAAACUUCAGAGGAGAAAAACUGGCCAAGGUUAUGGGAUUUUUAGCAGACAAAAAACCAGAACAAGGCCAGCGGGUCUCAGGAAUACUUGUUAAAAGAAACUUUAAUUAUCACAUACUUUCCCCUUGUGACCUGUCCAAUUAUACUGACUUGGCCAUGAGCACUGUGAAGCAGACCCAAGCCAUUCCAUAUACUGGUCCCUUUAAUUUGCUCUAUUACCAGCUGCAGAAAUUGACAGGUGAUGUCGAAGAAUUAGAAAUUCAAGAAAAACCCGCUCUGAAAGUGUUCAAAAAUAUUACUGUAAUACAAGAACCAGGCAUGGUGGUAUUAGAAUGGCUGGCAAACCCUUCUAAUGAUAUGUAUGCAGAUACAGUAACAACUGUGAUAUUGGAAGUUCAGUCAAAUCCCAAAAUAAGAAAAGGUGCAGUACAAAAGGUUUCUAAAAAAUUAGAAAUGCAUGUUUAUAGCAAGCGGUUGGAGAUCAUGCUUCAGGACAUAUUUGGAGAAGACUGUAUAAGUAUAAAGGACGACUCUGUUCUUAGUGUCACAGUGGAUGGGAAAACUGCCAACCUUAACUUGGAGACGCGGACUGUAGAAUGUGAAGAAGGAAGUGAAGAUGAUGAAUCCCUCCGAGAAAUGGUGGAACUCGCUGCACAGAGACUAUAUGAGGCCCUGACACCAGUUCACUGAGAACCUAUGAUUGUAUAUGUUAAAAGUUUAAACAUACUUGAUUCUACUUCUGUUACUUAAAAUACGUUAGUUUCUCUGAGGGUGUUUACUUUUGAUGUCAAAUGACCUUUAUUCCAACAGCCUGAAUACUGCUAAAUUGCCAACUAAUUUGUCCAUUAUUCUAGAACUAACUACUAAAUAAACUGCCCAUUAUUUUUGAAUUUA